GAAGUGUGGAUAACACAGGUUCUGGUGUCAGAUUUGGGUUGUAAUACCAGCUUGGGCACAUGUUAAGCCUGCUCUGUCAGGCAUUAUGUUUCUUGGACUUGAUGUGUUGAAAGAUCUACCUUGUGGCGUUGGUACAAGGAUUCUGUGAGAUAUGUGUAUGGUUUUUGGCACAGACACAGGGCAAAGGGACAGUGAUAACAGUGAUCUCAGGGGCUGGGCUCCUGGAGAGGAGCUGGUUCCCGCCAUAGAAAUCAGGAUAAUUUUCUCCCAAGCCCUCACCCCCAUUCACUGAUGCCAUAGGUCCCGCCCCAUCACCACUUGGCCCCUUUUUCUUCUCCGGUGUUGGCCCGGGCCUGACGCAUGCGCCCUUGGGCUUCCCGGCUGUGACUUUCCCUCUCCGUUCUCCUCUCGGGCUUAUCUGGAAGCCCGCGUCCCUUCCGGUUUUGGCUCCGCCCCCACCGCCGGUAGGGCCCCGCCUCCCUCCGGUAGGGCCCCGCCUCCUGAAGCAGUUCCGGUUCGGCACGGAGCAGCUGCCGGCGCGGCGGUGACGGGGGCCGGAGCGAUGCCUGCGCGCAGCCGCCACCGCCCCCGCCUCCACUCCAGCUCCCCGCCCCGGGCUCCGCCCCCGCCGCGCGAGGUGCUUCACUCCGGCGAGGCCGGGAGGGCCGCGGACUCCGACGGCGGCUCGGACGUCGACUCGGAGGUGGGCCAGGGGAGCCCGCCCCAGCCUGCGGAGGCAGUGGAGGAGGAAAUGGCAGGUCCUAAUCAACUCUGCAUUCGCCGCUGGACUACCAAGCACGUGGCUGUGUGGCUGAAGGAUGAAGGCUUUUUUGAGUAUGUGGACAUUUUAUGCAACAAACACCGACUUGAUGGAAUCACAUUGCUAACAUUGACUGAGUAUGAUCUCCGGUCUCCUCCUCUGGAAAUCAAAGUCUUAGGGGACAUUAAAAGACUAAUGCUUUCAGUUCGAAAACUGCAGAAAAUACAUAUUGAUGUUUUAGAAGAGAUGGGCUACAACAGUGACAGUCCCAUGGGUUCCAUGACUCCUUUUAUCAGUUCUCUUCAGAGUGCAGAGUGGCUCUGCAAUGGAGACCCCUCCCACGACUGUGAUGGACUCAUCACUGACUUGAAUUCUGAUCAGUACCAGUACAUGAAUGGUAAAAACAAGCAUUCUGUUCGAAGAUUGGACCCAGAAUACUGGAAGACCAUCCUGAGUUGUAUAUAUGUUUUUAUUGUGUUUGGGUUUACAUCUUUCAUUAUGGUUAUAGUCCAUGAGCGAGUGCCUGACAUGCAGACCUAUCCACCACUCCCAGAUAUAUUCCUAGACAGUGUUCCUAGAAUCCCGUGGGCCUUUGCCAUGACAGAAGUUUGUGGCAUGAUUCUGUGCUAUAUUUGGCUCCUGGUUCGUCAAUACUUCUGCGAAGGCUUUGUAGCCUGAUGGGCACUGUAUUCUUGCUUCGCUGCUUUACCAUGUUUGUGACCUCCCUCUCCGUGCCAGGACAGCAUCUGCAGUGUACUGGAAAGAUAUAUGGCAGUGUAUGGGAGAAAUUACACCGUGCCUUUGCCAUUUGGAGUGGCUUUGGUAUGACCUUGACUGGCGUUCACACUUGUGGAGAUUACAUGUUUAGUGGCCACACAGUCGUCCUAACUAUGUUGAAUUUCUUUGUCACUGAAUAUACACCAAGAAGCUGGAAUUUCUUGCACACUUUAUCCUGGGUUCUCAACCUCUUUGGAAUCUUCUUCAUCUUGGCUGCCCAUGAACAUUAUUCCAUUGAUGUAUUUAUUGCCUUUUAUAUCACAACAAGACUCUUUUUGUACUACCAUACUCUGGCCAAUACCAGAGCAUAUCAACAGAGUAGGAGAGCAAGGAUUUGGUUUCCCAUGUUUUCUUUUUUUGAAUGCAACGUUAAUGGCACAGUACCUAAUGAAUAUUGUUGGCCAUUUUCAAAACCAGCUAUAAUGAAAAGGCUGAUUGGAUGAAGACUGUAUCUUUGUAAAGAGUUUGUGAUUAAAUAUAUAAUAGUUGUUGUAAAUGAAUAACUUUGCUUUCUCCCCAUAGGUUGUUCCUGGAUGCCUUGCCUAUUUGGCUUAAAUGUUGACAAAAUUCCCUGUUCUGAGCAAGGCUGGGGUUAUAAAAAGCAAGAAGGAACAAUCAAGAGCCCUUACCUAGCUUUGGAACAGAAAGCUUAAGUGGAGGUUUUCUGCCUCUCCAUUUUAGGAAGACUUAAUGUUACGAUUGAUGUUAGGCUGUUAACCUUACCUGUUGAGUAUUUGCUUAUUGAACGUAGGCAAAUUAACUUAAGCAGUUUGCUGGUUAAAGGGAUUUUGUUGGUUUCUAGUAGGCAUGCAGUUAAGAAAUAGUGUCUUUUGCAGCUCUUCUUACUAUCUUCAGGAGAAUAAUCCCUACCAAAUGAGCAAUACUUGUUGGCUGAUCUAAUCUCUAUGUCUGUUUAAAACUUGUAAUUCUGGAAGUUGAUUUGUUUUAGUCACAAACAGUUUUUGCCUUCUAAAGUAUCUUUAAGUACACAAAGUGUUACUAGGAUGACUGAAAUGAGAGUGCAAGGGGCCAUAUAUGAGGUCAAAGAAAUACUGAUGAGGAUCCACCAGCCUCCUCAUUCAUGCAAAUAAAGAGCUAGCAUUUUUCACCAAAUAUGCAACAAAAGAUGCGGUUUCUGUUUUGUUAUGAGGGUUUCGUAUGGCCAUCAGUAAGUACUCAUCAGAGAAAAAUGGCUAGCAUCCAUGUGAUAAAUGGACUUUAAUUUCAGGGGUGCAGAUACCUGAGAUAAAUUUGUGCUGGUUAUUAUUCACAUAGAUGACAGCCCAAUUUUAUGAUUUUUAAAUGAUGUUUAAUGAACCAAGUAGGAGUAUUUUACCAGAUGUUAGAUGAAAUUCUUAUGUCGUUAAGUAGGGAAGUUUGCAUGUAAAGAAUCCUUUUAUUUCUGAAAACCAGUUUAUAACUGGUUGUAGGCAUAGACUAACUUGCUGGUUUUUGAAGUUUCUUUCUUGACCCUUAGAAGUGAACAAUCCUGACACAUUUGGAUAUAAAAGAAGUUUUGUUGCUUUUUAUUUAAAUACAGUUGUGUACAUACAUUCUUGCAGUUUAGUCUUAAUUUGGCAGUUAGGAAAUUACAUAAUUUAGCUGCUGUUUACAACACUAGAAAUUCAGUCCCCUAAGUAAUAUCACCUCUGUGAUAACAUUUGUCACCUUAUUUUUUAAUGAUUUUAUGUAGCAGCUAUGAUAGUAGGAUGGCUAUGGAAUUGGAAUGUGAACCUUAGCUGAUGAAUUUAGCUUCUAGAAUACUUUGUGUAGUUUUUACAUUCCGUUUUAAAACAAGGAGUUUGAAAAGGUGCAGGCAUACUGAGGUCUAAAAUUAGACCACAACAGAAGCCUGCAUCUUCCUUAUCUGGGUGAAAUAUUUUGUUUUUGCACUUUGAGUCAUUUUCCCACCCCUGUAUAAGCUACAGAGGAGCCUGAAUAAGUUAGGUUGGAAAGGAAUAUUCUGCAAACAAGUUUCAGCCAGAGCUAAUUGACCUGAAUUUGAGUCUGCUCUGAACGUUGUAUUUUAUUUCUCACUUGAGAAAUAGCAAUGUAAGUUUUAUUGUGAUUUUAAAUCUCAUACUUCAGAAUCUUAUAAUAUCUCAAAUUGUUGAUUCUGUUAUUUGCUAAGGACAAAAAGGCCAACAUCUCAUCUAAAGAAAUUGCAUAAUCCUGAAGAGUGAAAGAUUUUGCCUGUGCCAGUUACAGUGGUUUGACCCUUGAAAUCAAAACAGUAUUACUGCCAUUUUUUCCAAAUGAUAAAACAGGACUGAGUUUGGUUAGGAAGAGACUAAUGUUGGCUUUUGGAAAAAUGUUGCAAAAUGCCUAUGGCAACAUUAAUUUAAAAAUGUAAAUAAUUGUUAAUGGUAAGUUUCCUAACAUCAGUCUCCUUUCCUUCAUAUGGAUUCUAUUCUAGAACAAAAUAGAAAAAUAAAUGCAACUAACUUUGCAGAACUAUUGACACUGAGAAUGCCUAACACCAGACUGCAAUGAGGAUUGUAAAUAACUUUCCAGCCUUGCAUUUAAUCAUACCUGUUUUGAGCAAAAGGUAAGCUAGACUUAUAAUUUAUUUUAACUAUUACAAGGACAUGUUUACAUAAAUUAGUCAUCUUCAAGUUUCUUUCUUAGAAAACUUCAAGAUAAAAUUAUUUUUUGUUUUUUUAAGCAUAAAACCUAUUUCUGGUUGCUUUUCGUUGUGUCCUGAAAUUUCCAGAUUUUUGUCUUUAUAUUUUUUUCUUGUUAAAGUCUAAACCAUAAUGAAGUUAGUAUUUAUGUUUACAUUUUUAGUGUGAAUAUGGCUAGGUAGAAAUGCUACAUGCCUCUACAUGUUCUUUUGAUCUUUUAUUUGGUCUAUAGUUGCAGACCUGUGAGAGGCUACCUUAGUAUAGAAGGAACCAAAAGGGUUGUUGGUUUGGGGAUGCAAACUGAAGGUUAUGUUGAAAAUCCUUGAUGCAUUUUAUAUGUUCCUGGAACCUGUGCUACUCUUUUUUUUGACCAGGCCAGGGUAGUGUUACUGAAGAAUAAUGGAAGUUGGUGGAGAGUAAGAGGUUUUGGAGAAGACAAAUUUGCAUUUAUCCCCAGAUGAUUUGGGGGGAAACAUUUUAUGACUGUGCUGUAGAAUUCUCAAACGUGGCUGUCCUCUCCAUAGUUCUCUCUGAUAAGAAUUGCUAGGGCACAGAUACAACUCUGAUAUGCUGGCCGUAUUUAUUAAUAUCCUUUCAAAGCAAUGAGCUUAAAUUUACAACCAAUCAGUUAAAUAGUACGAAUUGUUUAUAUAGAAAAAGCUGUUGACAUCUGAGACCGGCUGGUGAUAGAACUCACACUGUGUGAUUGGUGGUCUGUCCUACUCUGUACCUGCCUAAAUGUUAGGAUUAAGAAUUCCAAAAAUCCUAGAAUUUGUAAAUGGCAAACAAAGGAGCCAAUGUUUUUAUAGCUGAUAAGAAGCAAUCUGUUUUAGAGACAUCUGUUUGGAAAGUGUUGCUCAUAUACUCACAGUCAUAUUCAUAACACUAACUUGCUUUGAACUAUAUUCAGCAAAAGGCAUUUUCAUCACUAAUUUUAUAGUGAACUUUUCAAAAGAAUUCUAGAUCCAAAAUAGUUCAGACUUCUAACAACCAUAUUCUAGUUUUAAACUAUCUGAUUUAAUAAAUGUUAUUCCUUGGUAGUCUUUCCAUAGACUUACAUUAUCCCACACUAAAAGUAAUUAUAGUAUAGUCUUUUGUCAGUUUAUUAAGGUAUUCAGGCAUUUGAGGCAUUUAGAAUAGUUCAGUGGAUUUUUUUAAACAGUAUUGGUUUCAUUUAGACAAUUUCAAAAUCAAAGCAUGCCAGGGGAUUUUUGUUUUAUUUUCUGUUGGGGGAAAGUUACCAUAUUUUUUUAUGUAAAGGAAUGGUACAGUUUGAAGAAACUGAGGGGAUGCUUUGGGACAGCAUGUCAAUUUUAAUGCCAGCCUUACUUGGCAGUUUAGAUACUUUGUGUUUGUAAAAAGUGUAGCUUGGAUUACCCCAUCCUCUAUAGAGGAGAAUUUCUAGUGAUGUCAAAGGUCAGAUUGCUUCUGACCUUUGCAAUCUGACCUUUAGCUAGUGAGAAUGGAAGGAAUUUGGGUUGGUUUUUAUUAUUUUUUCUCUGUCUUUGAGUGGUCUUGAAUGACUAAAAUUAGUAUGAAAGUAGGUUUUGGUCUGCUGCUUAUCUUGCCCUGACUGAAUGCUACCAAUUUCAAAUAACUAAAAGGUGACUAAUUGGUUUAUAUAAAGUUCGGUACAGAUAUCUAUGAAAUCUAAAAGCCAUUCUUUGAGCUACAGAUAAAAUGGUUUUUAGGAUACAUUCCACUAAAAUUAACCAAAGAACUUCUUAUUCAGUGCACCCUAUGUCUCAGCAAAAGGAAGCUUUGUUUCUGAUGUGGCAGAAGGAAAACAUGUCAGUUUCAUUGUUAUUCCAGGUAUUUCGAUCUGACCUGUGUUAGAUUGUCUGAAGAACUGAACAUAGGCAAGCAGUAUUAUCAGUUAGUAAUGUUAUUUUUAAAAUGUGUAACUUCAGUAAUUUUUUUAUUCAGAAGAUCUGUGGGUUGUUAGGCAAUGACUUAUUUCUGAUAGGGAACAAAGGAAGUAGACACUGGUACUUAAUGCAGGAAGCAGAGUUAGCUCAGGCUAAAGUGGACAUGUUUUGUUUUGAGAAUUCUACCUAAAUGUCUCCCUAUCCACAAAGAAAUUAGUAGUACUUAAAGAUGUGAAAGUUCCUGUGGUAGCCAUAUCUUGAAGCACAGUAUUGUAUAUAAGUAAAUAUCUCGAUUCUAAAUUAAAUCCAGAUUUAACUAAUAUAUAUUAUUUUAUAUCUUUGUUGUAUUAAAAUGUUUUAAAACACUAAAAAUAAAACUUUUGAAAGUUGGA